AUGGACUAUCGCGUGGCCCUUGAUGACGCGGGCUCUGCCCAGGCCUACAUGGACCGCUACUCCGUCGGGGGUAUCCCUCAUGCGUUCCUGGUGGAUCACAACAUGAAAGUGCGCUGGCACGGCCACCCUGCAGAGCCCUCCUUCGAGACGGCCAUUCAGCAAGCAGUCAACGACAUGAAGGCGCAGAAGAAGAUUGACGUCAAGGGCAAGAACAGGGACGAGCUGAUGCGCAUGCCGAUCCGUGACCUCAAGCAGGUGUUGAGCGAGCACGGCAUCUCGGCCGCUGGCCUCCCUGAAAAAGGCGACCUUGUUGCCGUCAUCUUGGACAAGUGUGUAUGA